GGAGAUUAUGUGUGUAACUAAACUCAACUCGCUACAUUUACUUAGAUUCAAGCCUCAUACUCGUAAGUAGUCGCCAGCAUUGAGCGACAUUAAAUUCAAUUUGAGAUUAAGUUCAAGUUUAGCGUUACGAACGUAAUAAACGCUAUGUAUCUAAGCUUUUUGUUAAUCUUUUGCUAUUAUCUGCCGUUACUUAUAAGUGCUUGCCCCAUUUAUCUCACCAUUUCGUUGGACAGCAAAACCUUACAAGAUGCAUACCUCGAAAUAAAUUGGGGACCCGAAUGUCAUGAUCAUCCCGAGUGGAUUGGCAUUUUUAGUGAAGAUCCCUCGACGACCUAUUUUCACCCGGAGGCACGUAUAACAAAUAUAAACAACUCGUCCGGUAAAGUUUUGAGCAAUGUGAAAGUGGGAAAAUUACGCUUCCCACACGGUUGGAAUAGCAAUGAUGAUAAUACAGUGCCCAUUGAAUAUCCAAAAGGAAAAUGUUUGCCAUAUUAUGUAGCCAGUUUUAAUGGUAGUGAACUACUGACGGUGGAAUGCUUGAAGAUACAGCCGAAUUGGAUGUCGAAACUGGAGCACAUAGCGCAAAUGCCGUUGAAGGAUCUAUUCAUACCGGGCACACAUGCCUCUGGCGCUUAUGUUAACAAUUUAGUCAAAACCAAAUCAGUGCUGGUCAAGGAUUAUGUGGUGGCACAACAAUUUGAUGUCUGGUCGCAGUUGGUAUUUGGUGUACGCUAUUUGGAUUUUAGCAUUGGGUGAGUAUCGGUGCAACCAUUUAGAUAUCUCGGAGGAAG